AUGGCGGAUUCAGUGGCCCAGAACGUCCACGGCUAUGACCAUGACAACUUGCGCCAUGUGGUUAUCACUUCGACUUGCUUUGCCUUCAUCUUGUCUACCACCGCAGUUGGCUUCCGCGUCAUCUCUCGAGCGAUCAACGGAAGCGGUCUUUUUCUGGAUGACUGGCUUAUUAUUCUUGCGUUGAUCUUCGAAUAUGGUAUAUCGAUUGCAGGAGUUGUGUUACUAUACAAUGGACUCGGAACACAUAUCGUCGAGCUCUCCCCCGACCAGAUUGUUAUUUACCUGAAGACACUGUUUACAGGCUCGAUCCUUUACACCGGCUGCAUUGCAAGCAUCAAGCUAUCCAUUCUGAUGCUCUACCGCAGACUGUUCCCUGUCAAGUCCAUGAAAUACGCCGUCAAUAUUGUAUCUAUGAUCGUGAUCCUGUGGGCUGCCUGCGGUAUUCUCGCAGGCUGCUUCACUUGCAUCCCAACCGAGAAGCUAUGGCACCCCAUGCUAGAAGGUGGCUGUAUGGAUUUGUCAAAGUUCUACUACGGUCUUCAGGUUCCCAACAUCGCGACGGAUGCAAUCAUUCUCUUGAUGCCGAUGCACAUCGUGUGGAACCUUCCUAUCUCAAAGGCUCAGAAGCUGGGUCUUUCUGGAAUUUUCAUUCUGGGAUUCCUGACCCUAAUAUUCGAUAUAAUUCGUCUGGUCGUCCUGAUUCAGCUUUCCACUAAGGGCGACGACAUUACCUAUAACCAAGUCCCAGCAAGCGUGUGGACAUGCAUCGAGCCCGCUGUCGGAAUUGUCGCAGCCUGUCUGUCGAAUAUGCGGCCUUUGUUUAAGGUUAUGCACACCAAGGUCUGGUCUAGGCUUUCUAGCCGAUAUGCCACCAACACGAGCAGUACCAGCACUUCACAGAUUAACGAGAAGGCUAGCUGGCCACGACAGACUCCUAGCCCCACUGGCGAAGAGAGUAUUUCUCCCAGUCCUAGUGGGGAGUUGAAUCAGUCGCCGACUCAUAAACAGUCUACUGUGUAA